UGAUCCGAAUAGCAGACCUCAAUUAAUAGCCACGGCAUUUUCUUAGUGUUCGACCCCACCAAAAUUUCUACAAGGAAGAAAUAUUGAAAUUUCCUUACCUAAUACAUCUAAUCGCAAUUAUUCAAGCAAACGCCCAAUACUACGUUUCAAUACGAGAAAUAUCGAUCGCAUUUAUCGUCGACUUGAUUAUCGGUCCGAACAUCAUCCAAAAUGGGAGUUGGCAACAAGCGCACGAUGAGCAAGACUCGUCGGAAGACGAGAGAUCUCGACCAGAUCAAAGCCGACCUCCGAUCACCCAAACAUCUCGCUCAGUACAAGAACACGAAAGCAUCAGAAGAUUUACCAGGUUUGGGUAAAUGGUAUUGCACAGAAUGCGCAAAAUGGUACGAAACCGAAGUCAGCCUUGUCGUCCACAGAAAAGGCAAGCCGCACAAGAGAAGAGUAAAGCAACUUCGUGAAGAACCAUACACCCAGAAGGAAGCCGAAGCAGCCAUUGGCCUACAAACCGACAACGAAGGUCCCUAUCGAUCCGAGAAGGCAGUCAGUACCGAAAUCGCAAUGGCCACUUGAACGAGUGCAAUUUUCCUCAAGCCCGUUUCUCGUAUAAUUACGCUCUCGCGAUGUUUCUCGGGAUAGAGAUAUAGUCCCCAGCGUCAAAUCGACCCAAUUGUCGAACACAUAAUAAAAAUGCGUCAAGAUAUCGCAACAUCACGAAAGGAAUUCCUUAGCCGGAUUGAAUCAGCAGGCGUUUUCAGGGCGUUGGGUUUUCUGAUUUAGUUCAUCUCAAACCGCGAGCUCUAGGUCUAACGAGGCCACUUGUACGACCUCUUCCCGUCCCUGUUCCACCUCUACCUCGCGAUUGUGUACCA